AUGGCAAAAGUUACUGAUGGUGAACCUGGUGAAGUUAUCCUAGAAGAAGAAGAAAGCACCCCACCGUUGAUACAUGUUGGUCGUAAACGAGGAGGUUGGGUCACCUUUCCCUUUGUAACAGUGGCUAUAUUAGGCUUAACAGUUGGUUCUGCUGGCUGGCAAGCGAAUAUAAUCGUAUUUUUAAUCACAAAGUUCAACUUCAUGAGCAUAGAUGCUGCUCAAGUCUCGAACAUAGUCAAUGGUUCUAGUAAUUUCAUUCCUAUAUUUGCUGCUAUCAUGGCUGACUCCUCCUUUGGGAAUUUCUCCGUUAUCAUUGUUUCGUCAAUAAUCUCCUCGAUGGGAUUAAUAUUAUUCAUGUUAACGGUGACAGUCCCUUCCUUACGGCCUCUAGAGUGCGCACUGAAUGUCACAGGCUCGUCAUCAGCGACAUGCGAAGCAGCAUCAGCUCUACAACUUGCAGUUUUAUACUUGUCCAUAACACUAGACAACUUUGGUUGGGAUUGGGGAGUUGGAAUAUGCCUCGUUGCCAAUCUCGUUGCACUGGUAGUUCUCUUGGUUGGUAAACGUUAUUAUCGUCGAGUCGAACUCGAAAGGAGUCCCUAUAAAAGCUUGGCACGUGUUGUUGUAGCCACAUUCCAGAAGAGGAAAGUGUCGACUUCACCGGAAAAUAGAACAUUUUACCAUUGGUCUAGUGAUGCUGUAUCAGUUCAACCUUCUUCCAGCUUGAGGGUGAUUGGGAUUGGUAGUGUUCGUAUCAAGAUGCAUGAUUGUAUGGUUAGAGAGCUGAAGGAGGUAAGAUUUGUACCUUCCAUAAAGAAGAAUCUGAUUUCACUCGGAACUUUAGAAGUUAAGGGCUAUAAGAUAGUUGUUGAAAAUGGUGUUCUAAAGGUAAUAUCUGGAUCUAUGGUGGAGGACAGAAGCACCAGUACUAGUGAGCCUUUGCAACAGGUGGAGAUUGAUGCAACUCCACCAAUUCCAGUUAAGUCUGUAUAUGUUCAGAAUACUUCUGAAGACAUUGGAUCUGCAAGAGAGGUAACUACUGAAGUUCCAAAUGAUAGUGACACUGUUGAGGAAGAGGAAUAA